GUUGCGGUCUUACAUGUGACUUAACCUCAGGUACUCAGGCUUGCUUGUUUUAGCAGAGGAUGCUAUAUGUGCUCCUAGAGCUGAUCAAAAAAUUUGUUUCAGCGUAGUGUGCGGCCUUUAAGUUAGGCAGCAUUUAUCACAAUGGGAACCCCUUACCGCAGUGUUGCUUUUAGAAAAUCAAAUGAUAGUGCCAGGCUUAUUAUAACGACAGUAAUGGGCAUGGUGUUUGGAUACUUUAUAGGCAUUUCAUUUCCAUUGCUUUCUUUAGCCAAGAUUAACUUACCUUCAAGCCUUAUAUCAUCUCUUGAUGUAGCCUUUGGUGAGGACCAUCAAAGAUUUACAGAUCGUAGUUUUCCUGAAAAUCUUGGUUCGGGUAGCACUCCAACAACACCCAAGAUCUAUGUUCCCUCCAAUCCUCGUGGUGCAGAAUCAUUGCCACCAGGAAUUGUAGUUUCAGAAUCUGAUUUUUAUCUUCGUAGAUUAUGGGGUGAACCAAGUGAGGAUCUGAAAAGGAAGCCCAAGUACCUAGUAACCUUUACAGUUGGUUUGGACCAAAAGAACAAUAUCAAUGCAGCUGUUAAGAAGUUCUCAGAAGAUUUUCAAAUUAUGCUUUUCCAUUAUGAUGGCCGGACAACAGAAUGGGAUCAGUUUGAGUGGUCAAAGCGUGCAAUUCAUGUCAGUGUUAGAAAGCAGACCAAAUGGUGGUAUGCGAAGCGGUUUUUACACCCAGAUGUUGUAGCUGCUUAUGAUUACAUAUUUAUUUGGGACGAAGAUCUUGGAGUAGAACACUUCAAUGCACACAAUUUUGUAGAAAUCAUGGCUCCUGUGUUCUCCCGAGAAGCAUGGCGGUGUGUUUGGCAUAUGAUUCAGAAUGAUCUGGUUCAUGGAUGGGGAUUGGAUUUCGCUCUCAGAAGAUGUGUAGAGCCUGCUCAUGAAAAGAUUGGUGUAGUUGAUUCACAAUGGAUUAUUCAUCAAGUUAUCCCUUCGCUAGGGAAUCAGGGUCGGUCUGAAGAUGGUAAAGCUCCGUGGCAAGGGGCAACAUAUAACAGAGAGGAUCUGGAGGAGUGUGAAAACAGGGUCAAGAGUUGGGCAUCUUCUUCCCAGGAGUUUGAAGCUUCUGAACAUCAAAAGAUAUUAAAGGAUUUCCUGUUCUUUCUUCAUGUCCCCAGAACAGGGGGCAAAAAUUACCACCAUUGCAUUUUGGAACAACUCUAUGAUACCUCUUCAAGGUGUCCACAUUCCUAUGAUCGCUUAAGGUUUAAUCCAAGGAACCCAAGAUGUAAUUUGACAGUAACACAUGAUGACUACAGCUUGAUGUCUAGACUACCAAAAGAUAAAACCUCUGUGGUCACCAUCAUCCGGAACCCAAUCGAACGCGUGAUUAGCUCAUAUGAAUUUUCUAUUGAAGUUGCAGCCAGGUCUCUGCAGUUCAACAAUUUAACAACUGCUAUUCAAGUGGAAGACGAUAAGCCCAACGUUACAGAGAGAGGAGUCACUCAAGAUAUCUGGCCAUGGAGGUACUUAGUUCCAUGGAUGAUGCACGAUCUCUUCUCUCGAAGAGAUCAAAGAAAGCUUAAGGGUGAAAGUGUUAUCAUAAGUGAUGAUCCAUACAACAUGGAGGAAAUUUUGAUGCCUUUGCAUCAGUUUAUAAAGGAGCCUAUCGCCUUGGAUCUUGUCCACAACGGAGCCACAUUUCAGGUUGCAGGACUCACAAACAAUUCAUACUCGAAAAUGUCACAUCAAGUGCGCCAUUGUGUGUUGAAGUACCCAAGUCUUGGCGAAUAUGUUCUUGAGGUUGCCAAGAGGAGGUUGGACAAUAUGUUGUAUGUCGGGCUCACGGAUAAGCACAAAGAGUCAGCUACUUUGUUUGCCAAUGUCGUUGGUGAUCAAGUCACAUCGAAGUUGGCUCAAUCACGAUUUAGUAGAAAUAGUUCGGCCAUCCAACGUCCAGGUCAUAGGGGAUGGAAUGUUGAAGACAUUGUGAUGGGUAUGGCUGAACAAUCUGCACCAGUGGACCUUUCUUGGAACAGAGGAGAUGUGUAUGAAGAAGAAGAUGGUGAGAAUGUGAUGGAACUGCUCAAUAUUCUCGGUGACGAUUUCUAUCCGGGAGGAAACGACUUUGUUGUUGACGAUUUCGAUGCUACGAAAUUGGGACCCAUCCCUUUCGACGAUGCAUUCGUUCCCUUUCCCCUUAACAGCACCAUCCAAAAUGAUUCGUCGAAUCCGCCAUUCUUGCUCAAGUCUUCUUUCUCUCAAAAGCAGCAGCUGAAUGAAGGUGCCCUUCUUCUUGGUCACAAGAAUAAAAACUGUGAGGUUGUAAUGUACCAGACACAGAGUCCAGUCUCUGUCCUUGACACUACUACUACUACUACUAGUGCCUCAUCAUCCUCCAGCUCGAGCGGAAAACCGGGCGGGCCCACAAAUCCCGAACUCACCGUACCCGUGCGGCGACCCCGGUCCAAACGCACCCGGUCUUCGACCGUCAAUCCAUGGCUGCUCAUACCUCCUCCUAUAAUCACAACUCCACACGUCGCCAAAAAGAAAAUGAAGAGGAUGCUGUCCCGAAAGCCCGGUGGGCCCGUCGGGCCCGGUGGCCCGUUUAAGAAGUGCUCGCAUUGUGAGGCGACGGAGACACCGCAGUGGAGGGCGGGUCCGCUGGGCCCAAAAACACUGUGCAAUGCGUGUGGGGUCCGGUACCGCUCCGGUCGUCUCUUCCCGGAGUACCGGCCCGCGGCUAGCCCGACGUUCGUCCCUUUGGUCCACUCCAACUCCCACAGAAAGGUGAUAGAAAUGAGAAGCAAGGUUCAUGAACCGGAGCCGGUUCGUGAUUUUCCGGCGUCGCCGUCGCCGGAAUUCGUCCCCAUGAGUGGCUACCCGUUUGAUUGCAUAUACUGAGGGGGAGAAAUUUUCAGUUUUUUUUUUUUGGAUUUACAAAGUAAUGCUUUGUUCAUUUUGAACAAUUUUAUUUGUUAUUGUUCUUGAGCAAGAAAAGAGGAUAUGAUAU